AUGGCGGCGUCGGCGGUGACAGCUGAUGUGCGUCGGGAGUUCGUUCAGACCUGCCUGUUGACCAAGGCGGGCCUCGCUGCGGCGACGCGCUCACUUUUGCACGGUUUGUCCUGGCGACAGAUUGUUCGCGAGACGAAGCGGGAUCUCGGGAGGGCGCUGGGACUGCGUGCGAAGGAGCCCACCGACUCCGCCGCCUCGUGUGCUGCUGCGCCCGCGGUGCUGUCGACCAGCGGAGCAGGGGCGUUAGGCGGCGCCUCUGCGCCCACGGGAGCGGACUCACCCUCCUUGCUGAGCUUGAAAGAGGUCGCGGCGACGGUGUGGUCCGCGGAGCGCGACCUAUGUGCAGCCUUGCAGACCGUUCUCCUGCAGCUCAUCGCUAUGACGCUCUCGCGAGCUUCCGAGCCUGCUUUCACCGCUUCUGACAGCAACGAGUGGACUUGUGUACGUGUUCAGGGGGGGCAAGACGCUGCCGCGGCAGCAGACAGGUUUGCCGUGAGGUCGUCUCGCGACGGCCAAAGCGAAUGGACGGAGCAGGAUCGCGCGCCGCUGGGGUUUGCGGCGUCGAAUACUUCGGCUGCCGUACGCUUCACUUUUCUUUCUUUGCCGAGGCAGGCGCCUCGGGGGUCAGCUGCGUGGGACGGGCCUGAGACUGGGCCUCUCUCUCAUUCGAGGCAGUGGCGUGCGGGCGAAUUGAGAAACCUCCGCAGCGCGACGCUCACGUCGAGGCACCCUGCGGCACGGGCGCCGGCGGCGCCCGCGUCGCUCUUCCAAGAGCUGCUGGAGGCCAGCCAGACACCGGCGGGGGAAGCCGGAGGGGAGGCCCCUUUCCUCCCGCAGAAUCGCAGGGAAUCGCCAGAGAACAUCUGCGCACCGUCUGGCGAGGAGGUGCGCAGCGACGUCGAAGUUGGACCAGCCACUGAGGAGCACCGGAUGGAACACGAAAGGCGCGGAGGGAAGGACUGCAAGCACUCGGAUGCCGGAGGAGAGGGCCCGUGCGGUCGGCAGCUAAUAGCUGAAACGCCGGUCGAACCGUGUGAAGUUCCGCGCUUACUCCUUCCUCCGGGGUCGGCUCCAGCGCGGCCUGCGUGGCUCCGGUGCCCUGUGCGGUCUCGGCGCGUUGCCGCCACAGACACACAACCUCAGCGGUCGUCCGACCCUCGCACCGCCGCGGCGCUCUCGCGAGCUUCGGACCAGCUGGCGGAGUCGCUUGCGGCCGCCUUCAACUGGGUCGUCGCUUGGUUCGCGCGUCUUCUGCAUGCGCUCGAGUGCUUUGGCAGCUUGUCCGCGGCGGCGUGGAGCGCGGCGCGUCAGCUCGUUGCAGUUGGCCUGACGCUAGGCAUGGCUGAAAGAGAGCUCGAGAGCUCCGUUGGCAGACUGCGAAUGGCGCUUCUCUUCGAGUGGACCCGGCUCUCUGCCGCGGGGGUUCGGCCCCCCACGCACCUGUUUCCUUCUCUCCACGCUCCCGCAGCUGCGGCCGCGUCUGGUGCCUCCUUUCCCUCUGUUGCUUCCUCGUUUGCGCCAGCUUCCUCGUCUUCGGCGUCUGGGCGCCCGACGGCCGUCGGGCCUUCCUGUGAGGGAGCGGGGGGCGCGUCGCGCGGAGCGAAGCUGGCUGCCGUGCUUCCUUGCGCGCUGCGACCUCCGGCGGUGUCGCCGCUCUUCCGCGAAUCGUCUUCUCUCCAGUCACCAGGCGAUUUGCGUCUGGGACUCGGCAGGCUCAACCAGCAUGUCGCCGCGGCGCUGGCGCUCCUGCGCCUCGGCCCCGAGCUGUCGGCAUCGUCAUCGUCUUUUCUGCCUCCUUUGCCGCUGUCAGCUGCUGAGGGCGGGCGCGGAGAGGAGGCGACGGGCCUUGCGUUUGCGCAGCGGCAUCUGUGUCCCAGGUGCCGCGCGAACGACAGUAAGAAGGACGCGGAGGGGUUGUUGGCUCGGAGAUGUGCAGACCUGGACAAGUUUCGGCAGCUAGGCCUGGCUGAGGGAAGAGUGGGUCCUAACAAUGAGGGGGAUGGAACGCGAAACGAAGGAGACACUCUGGACGACGGAGCCGCGGACGAAGAGUGGAUUACAGUCCUACAGGCAACGCAGCAACAGCUCGGCUUCGCUCGACAGUCCUGCGACCGCGCACUUGGGCUGUUCGUAAAGCGUGCGCAGGCCCGACGCGGGCAAGAGAGAGACGCGGCGGCAGACCCCACGGGUGAAGCAGCGGAGGCGCGCGCAGGCGAAACAGCCUCGUCAGGAGACAACGGGGGACGGCACGGAACGCCGGGAGAGCCGCGAGACGCGCCUGCGCGUCUCGCGGCUCUCCCGGCGCCUCCCCAGGAGUUUCUUGAGAUCUACAAAGGCCUCGGGGAAGAAGCCAGCAGGCCUGGAAGCGCGGCAGGCUCUCUGCUGCUCUUUAGCGACGACGUGGACGAGGCCACACUUGCAAAGGGACGCGCAGCCAUGAGUGAACUAAAACGAGUGUUCCUAUCUCACCCUCGGAUGCAGAGACAGCGCCAGCAGAAGCGCGUCGUGAAGGAGCUCGUCCCGACGGGUGCAACGCCGGGAGGAUCCAGCGCGCAGAGGCGGCCGGGCGCUGGCGCGGCGGCGUGCCACGACAGGGAGAGAGCCCGCUGUGGGCUGAACGCGACCGCAGCAGACGAAGACGGGGGCCCACGACUGCGGCUCGAAGUCCGCGAGGAGGAAGGCGAAGAGGACGAAGGCCGAAUGCAGAAUGCCUACUGGCGGAGGGUUGGAGGCGCGGGGCCCGGAGGACUACCAGAGCCGUGCGAGGGGAGUCACAGCGAAGCCCCGGGGGGCGACAGCAAUGCCGCCGCGAGAUGGAGAGACGAGGACGAACGAGAAGGCAGAGAUCGACCGCGGCCGACGGAAGAUGACGUCGGGCCUACGGAAAGCGACAGCGCAGGCGUCCGGCCUUCGUCUUCCAGCUCGCCAGCGCCGCGAGUUUCGCAUCCUGGUGAGAUGGCGGUGCGACGCAGUGCGCCCUCAACGGACACAGGCAGUGGCGCGUCAGUUCGUUGUCUCCUGUCAGGCGUCGGGUUGGGCAUCACGACGCCAGAGGCGCUUCGCCUGGAGAGCCGGCGACAGCGGGAAGCGGAGAAGCCGCCGGGCACGCAGUCGUUAUUCGCGGAGCUCGCUGGACAGUUCUCGCGCGCCCGCGCCUCUGUGGCAGAGACGUCGGAGGGCGGCACUCCGCAGUCGAGGCCUGCAGACGGGACAGAGAUCGCCGGCCGGCUCGCAGACGUUGGGGAAGUCUCUGGUCAGCAGCGUGUGUGGGGCGGAGCGUUUGGGCUGAUGCAAACGAAUCACUUCUUGAUGGCGUCCGCUGGCGGCAGCCGGGAGACAGGGGCCGUGAGCUUUCCCGCGGUGUUUGCACACCUGGCAAAGGGGGAGAGCGGCGAAGAGGCGUUCUGCGGCCUCGGCGAAGCGGAAGAUGAGGAAGAGGAAGACGACGCGGAACCCCCGGGGCUGUCCCAUGGCGAGGGGUUCGGCGGACGUGAAGCCAGCGAGGAAUCCGUGAGCCGCGACCUCGGAGAACGAGAAUCGAGGAGCGAGGGCGAAAGCGUGAGGCAUGGAGGGCACCACUGCGGCAGCGAUUGGGGCGGUGGGGCCUGGUGUCUAGAGGGACGCAGCGACGACGAGGAGACAAAGAUGGACGCGGAGGCCCGCCAAGAUUAA